AUGGCAGAAGAGUACUUUCAAGGCGAGGUUUGUGGAGGAAACUGGUGGAAUUCAUCCAGAAAUAUAUUAUGUUCUACCCGGUGUUCAUCCAAUAUCAAUGAAAUUGCAAACUUUGGAUGGCCUAAUGAUAUGAUCAUGAACCUGAAUACAAGGUCUAACGACGACUCGGGUUCACCUUCUGAUGGCUCUAUAGUACUCCAAGAUGUUCAAAUACCUCAGCAAUCAGACUCAGAAUUCAUUGCCAAUGGCAACAUAUCAAUGGAUCCACCCCUACAAAAGAUGGGGUACGAAAUUUCAUCAUCAACACCUGAUAAUUGGAACCAAGACAUUUACCAUGAAAAUGGAAGAUUAUCUCAGGGAAAUUGUGCUCUUAUACUGCAAGACAACUUAGAUUCAAGCAUGAAUUAUCUGCAACAAACUUGGAUGAACUGUCCACAGAUCCAAAAGGACUGGAAUUCCAAGAACUGGGGCCAAGAUUCUUCCAUUUACACGUUGUUGAAAUCUUUAUGUGAUACAGAUUCUCAGCCACAUAAUUCCUCGUUAGAUAACCGGGCAAUGAACUAUCAAUCUCCUUACCAGAAGUACGCAACCUUGUUGACUGCCACGGCUGCAUCUUUGAAUGAUAUUCGAGCAAGUUUACUCUCUCCAACACAGUCCCAGUUCCCCUUAUCAAAUAUCAACGCGAAACCUAAUCUUCUUAAGGGCGUCGAUAAAGAAAAAAGAGGGUUAAGCUCAGUGGCAAAGAAAACCAGCAGCGAAGCCGCAUUAAAGCGUCCAAGAAUUGAAACACCGUCGCCAUCACCAACCUUUAAGGUCCGAAAAGAGAAGCUAGGGGACCGAAUCACUGUCCUCCAACAGUUGGUUUCACCUUUCGGAAAGACCGAUACUGCCUCAGUUCUCCAGGAAACAAUUGAAUACAUCAAGUUUCUUCAUGAUCAAGUCAGUGUAUUAAGCACUGCCUACUGGAAAAAUGGAUCGUUUGUUGAACGUCAACAGGCUGCCGAUAAACAAGACCUAAAAAGCUGGGGACUUUGCCUUGUGCCAAUAUCAAGCACAUUCCCAGCUGCUGCUGAGACUGCAACUGACUUUUCGACGCCUACCUUUGGAUGA